UCUUCCUCAUUUCAACACCUUUUGAGAUUCUUUGUUUAACCCACUCCCCUCCAUGACUCUCUCUUCUUAAAUUCACCCAUUUCCCUUUCUUCCCCAGCUUUCUUUUCCCCUUUUCAUCAUCAUCCAAUUCCCUCUUUUUCUUUACUCAAUUCCCCAUGGCGGAGAAGCACGGCUACCAAUCGCCGGAGGGCCACCGCCUUUGCGCCAACAAUUGCGGCUUUUUCGGCAGCCCGGCGACGCAGAAUUACUGCUCCAAAUGCUACCGGGAAAUCUGCCCCAAGGCUCCGGCGGAUUCCGUGUUCGCCGCGCCGCCGCCGCCGUCUGCGUCGCCGGAGAAUUUGAAGGGGAGGGCGGCCGCGCCGCCGCCUGCGGCGGCGGCGGCGGUGGUGCCGGAGGCGAAGAAUCGGUGCUCGGCUUGCCGGAAAAAGGUUGGAUUGACGGGAUUCCGGUGCCGGUGUGGGGUCACCUUCUGUGGGGUCCACCGGUACCCCGAGAUUCACGGAUGUUCGUUCGAUUUUAAGGCCUUGGGAAGAGAAGCCAUCGCCAAGGCCAACCCUCUGGUCAAGGCGGAGAAGCUGGAGAAGAUAUGAUCUCGGCCGUCGAUCCGUCGAAUCCGACGGCCGCCUUCUCGCCGGAAAAUGGGUUGACGAUGAUAAUAUUUUAUAAUUGUCUAAGGAGAGAGAGAGGGGGAGAGGAAAAAAAAAUCAAAAAAAAAAAAAAAAAAAGAGAAUCGUGGGAUAUCACGUCAGCCAUACGUGAUUGUCGACAUGUAUAUUCAUCUUUUUCAUUUUCUAUUUUUCUUUUCUCGUUAAUAAUUGUUAUGCAAUUACUACUUGAUUGGUGAUGUGUUUAUGAUAAAUCUUAAUCAAUUAGUUGUAAUUGUAACAACAAUUAAUUGAAUUAAUAUAAAAAUAAAAAAUUCUGACUUGCCAA